CAUCCCCGUGCGGGAUGUGAGCCCCGGGCUAGCCCAGGAUGCCGGGUGUGUGUUGCCAGCUGCCGCGUCAGUCUAUGUGACAGCUCGUGAGCCGCAGCCUGGACCAGCGCUUCCUGCAUCCUCACCUCCGGCGGAGGCUCCGAGAUGUGACCCGGCCGCCCAUUCACGGGUGGCUACUGCUCUCGGAGGAUCCCUCGCGCACUGCGCUCCCUGGCACCCUCUCGGUGUUACGGCAGUGGCCCCACGCUGCGCUCCUGUGCAAGGAGAGCCCUCUCAGGCUGUGCCACCCCAUGCCGGCCCCCGCAGCUCGCCCCGGGCACUGAGGCUCUGGUGGCCCGGGCGCACCCCCGGGGGCGCCGCAUGUUCAGGUCCAGACGCAGCGGGCUGGUUCGGCGCCUGUGGCGGAGCCGAGCGGGCGGGGAUGGAGGGGUGUCUUGCUGCGGUCUGUCCGAGCCGCCCGCCGUGUCCCCGGAGCUGCGCUCGGCUGCAUCGGCUGUCCUGAAGCGUCUGAAGGAGCAAGCCCUGUGCGCCCUUCUGGAGGCCGUGGAGUCCAGGGGGGCAGCGCCCGGCGGCUGUGUGCCGGUGACCCGCUUGGGCGCCCCUCCUCACCUGCUGCUCUGUAGACUCUUCCGGUGGCCGGACUUGCAGCACCCCGGACAACUGAAAGCGCUGAGCGGAUGCCAAGGAGCCGGGGGGUCCGACAGCAACAGCGUCUGCUGCAACCCGUAUCAUUACAGCCGGGUGUGCGGACCGGAAUCGCCACCACCUCCAUACUCCCGGCUUUCUCCAAAAAUCGAACAGAAGCCGCUGGUGGAUCUCUCUGAUCCGUACACUGAAAUGGAUGUAUCGGGCCCACUAUGUAUCCCUGCCGGAGAUGUCUCGGAUACCAGCCUGUCUCCAAACACCAGUAAGCAGGGCCGCUGGUGCAGUGUGGCAUACUGGGAACACCGUACGCGCGUCGGCCGACUAUAUGCUGUGUCUCAGCCUUCAGUCAGCAUCUUCUAUGAUCUACCUCAGGGAAAUGGCUUCUGUCUCGGCCAGCUGAGCCUGGAAAACAGGAGCGAAGCUGCAGCACGGACACGGGGAAAGAUUGGGCUGGGUAUCGUACUGAGCCGCGAAGCCGAUGGUGUUUGGGCUUACAACCGCAGUGAGCACCCAGUCUUUGUGAACUCACCCACACUUGAUGCUCCGGCAUGCCGCCCUCUUGUGGUGCGCAAGGUGAUGCCUGGCUACUCCCUGAAAGUGUUUGACUUUAAGAAAUCCUGCAUCUUGCGACAUCUCCCCGCUCCUCCGGAGCAUGCAGAUGGACCAUAUGACCCACAUAGCAUACGCAUUAGUUUUGCCAAGGGCUGGGGGCCUUGCUACUCCCGCCAGAUGAUCACCUCUUGCCCUUGCUGGCUUGAGGUUCUACUUGGACGAUAGUGAAGAGACUUUGCGU